UCGCUUCUACAGCAGUAAAAGGGUAAUACGGGUGAAAACAUGGAUUCGCCCACGGAGGAAGAAAAACCUUGCACAACGGAGGACAAAACGCAGAGGACAAAGCGAAUUUCCGAGGUUCUUUGCACACCGGAGUCCCAAGUGAAGAAGACGAAGAGAAUUUCGAAGCGAUCUCCUGUUCUGAAGAACACAAUCGAUACAUGGGCUGCUCAAUGCAAAGAAUGCUGCAAAUGGAGAGUAAUACCAACCCAAGAAGAGUAUGAAGAAAUUAGAAGAAAAUUCACGGAGGACCCCUUCACUUGCAAUAAGAAACACAACGUGUCCUGCGAUGAUCCGUCUGAUCUUGAGUAUGGCGGUGAGCGCAUAUGGGUUAUUGACAAGCCAAAUAUCCCCAAAACCCCCAUUGGUUUCCAGAGGGGGCUAGUUUUGAGAAAGGAUUACUCGAAGAUGGAUUGCUAUUAUGUGACUCCAAAUGGCAAGAAGCUCAGGGCCUCCACUGAAGUUGCUGCAUUCUUGGGGGAGCACCCGGAGUACAAGGAUGUUUCUGAAGCAGAUUUUAGUUUCAGUACUCCAAGGAUCAUGGCUGACACUCUUCCACAAAAUGUGGCUGGUAAGAAGGGAUCAAGUGGUCAGGUUGAUUGAGAACUAAACUGCUGGUUGAAAGGGUUGUUUAUGUAUUAAAUUAUCUUCUUAUGCUAGUUUUAUACCUUUAUUCAUUAUUUUUGUAAGGACCUUUCAGCUGGUGCCUGUGAUUUAAUAAAUGAAAGUUCAUUGCCGAAAUUGUUUUGCCCAAGGAUAA